AUGGCGGCAGAACAUCUUUCCACUUCGUCUCUGGGCCAUGUGGCAACCUCAGAGGGACCCGGCAGUGAGAAUGGCAAGGUCCCGGAGGAGAAGGCGAGGUUUGGCGGUGUUCGUCGAACGAUUCUUUUCAUAGCGCUUCUGGUCAGCUUGCUGUUUUCCAGCCUCGACACCUCCAUCGUAUCCACGGCACUCAUCACCAUAUCUCACGAGCUGGACGACUUUGUCAACGCGCCAUGGAUCGUUCUGGCAUACCUUCUGACAUACAUGGGCUUUGCCGUCUGCAUCUCCAAACUCAGCGACAUAUAUGGCCGCCGCAACAUGCUGAUCCUGUCGUGGAUCCUGUUCAUAAGCUUCUCCCUGGGAUGCGCGCUCUCCAAGAACAUGACUACACUCAUCAUUUGCCGCGCGUUUCAGGGCAUCGGCGCGUCCGGCAUGUACAGCCUCACGCAGAUUGCGCUCAUGGAAGUCGGUCCCGUCGAUAAGCCAGCCCUGAUAGGCGCUGCGAUCGGAGCGACGCUGGCCACCGCCUUCGUCCUCGGUCCCCUCCUCGGAGGCGUCAUCACGCACUUCUCAAACUGGAAGUGGAUCUUCUACAUCAACCUUCCUUGCGGUCUCGUCACGCUCUUGCCCAUAGCCUACUGCUGGCCGGCCGAGAGUGUCGACAGCCUGAUCUCGUGGAGGAGCUUCACUCGCAUCGACUUUCUCGGCAGUGCCUCUCUGUUCUGCAGCUCUAGCUUGCUCAUCUUUGCCAUCCAGCAGGCCGGCUCCGAGACGUACGCCUGGGACAGCGACGUCGUCAUCGCCGCGCUUACCUUGUCGAGCGUGUGCUGCGUUGGCUUCGUUGCUUGGGAGACAUUCCUCUCCAGCAAGAAGUUUGGCCGUGUCGAGCCCAUUUUCCCCAUGAGACUUGUUGGUCUACGAGUUUAUGUCGCCGGACUCUUCCUCACACUUCUGGCUGGCUUCCCGUAUAUUUCCCUGUCCAUCGUCAUCCCCGAACGCUUCCAGAUUGCCGGCGGCGACAAUGUACUCAUGGCCGGUGUCCACCUUCUCCCUCUUCUCGUCGGUUGCGCCUUAGGGUCCUUCAUCGGCGGCGCCGUCUCGAGCAAGCGCAACAACACGGGCUUCACCCUCGUCGGCUCGGCGUGCUUUCAGCUGCUGGGCGUGGGCCUCCUGACCACAGUCACCACAUCGGACUCGCGCCAGGCCGCACAGUACGGCUACCAGGCCAUCUUCGGCCUCGGCGUCGGCAUGUCCUUCUCCGCCGCCACCAUCAUGACCAGUAUCCUGGCCGCGGACCCCAGCGUCCGCGCCUCCGCCCAGGGCGCCAUCGCGCAGGCCCGCGUGUUCGGCGGCUGCAUCGGCCUCGCCAUCUGCACUGUCAUGUUCAACGACCACGUCAACAGCGACCUCGGCGAUAUACUGACGCCGUCUCAAAUCGACGACCUGCUUCGCUCGCCCCUCUCCAGCCUCAGGCUGCCGGAGGACUUGCGCAAGAAGGUCACGAGUGCCUACGUUGCCGCCUUUGGGCAGGAGGUCCAGGUGAUGAUGGUGGUUUGCGCCGCCAUGGUUAUCGUUUCGCUCUUCACCCUCGAGCGACACCCGACACCGCUGGAGAACCGCACGGCCGCGGUGCGCCUGUCGCCGUCUGCGAAGGGACGUAACUCGUCGACGCGGUCGAGCGACUCACACACGGAGAUGUACAAUUUGUUAAACCGUCGCGCACAGACGUGCUGA